CAGAUAAACGCUAUGGUGACGCAUCGUUCACGUGUGACGGCGGAAAGCUGAUCAUUCCCUCAGCACAAGUAAACGAUGACUACUGUGAUUGCGAAGAUGGCACGGACGAACCUGGUACAUCGGCGUGUGCGACGGGAACGUUCUACUGCGAGAACACUCUACACAAACCAAUGGUCAUCCCCUCCAACCGCGUGCACGAUGGCAUCUGUGACUGCUGUGACGGCUCAGACGAGGCGAGUGGGUGCGAAGAUAUCUGCGAUAAAAUUGGCCAAGUGGCCCGAGCGGAGGCGGAACGGGUGGCCAAAGUACAGCACAUGGGCUAUCAAAUGAAGCUGAUCAUGAUCAGCGAGGUAGCAGACGCAAAGAAAAAGGUGGCCGAUACCAUUGUGCAGCUGAAACAGGACCUUUACGAUCACGAGGAAGAGAGGACGAGACUGCAGGCCGUGCUGGACGAAGUCAAAGCGGUGAAACAAGCUGAAGAGGCCGCUGCUGCCGAAAAGGAAGAGGUCGCGGACGAGCAAGCGCCAUCGGACGAUGGCGAUGACGCGUCCGAUGACUCAGCCGAGAAGGCCGCAACAACAGACGCCGACAGCGACGACGAAGACUUUUUUGACGAUGAGGAUGAGGCGGAUGCAGAUGAGGUGCCGCAGGAAGACAUCAAGCUGACUAUCCGAGACUUGGAGAAGCAGGUUAGAGAACACCGGUAUAAGAAAUCGCCCCUGGAAGUGGAGCUGCGCAAGCUCGAGAAGCAACUGGAUGCGGACAUCGACUACGGAGAGAACGAGGAAUGGUUCAAACUAUCACUUGAGUGCCUCAAACACAAAGCCGAGGGUGACACCUUCGAGUACGAGCUGUGUCCGUUCGAUCAGGUCAAGCAAACUCCCGGGAACAUCAACUUAGGGAAAACGUUUGAGUGGUCUGGCGGCCCUGAAACAGAUGAGAAUCCGCUCGGACAAUACUCUGAGAUGACCUACACCGACGGGCAGCAGUGUUGGAAGGGCCCUCCACGCUCCACCACGAUACGAGUGCUUUGUGACAUCACCACUCGAAUUGAGAAUGUGAAUGAACCCAACAAGUGUGUGUACUCGAUGGAUCUAUACACGCCACUCGCCUGCACGGAACCAGUCGAGCGACCAGACGAACACGAAUCGGGAGACGAAAUAAUUCACGAUGAAAUAUGAGGUGAAAGCUGAGUCCUCAAUUAAUGCCAUGAAUAAAAUGAUCCGAGUAUAUAUAUCUGA